AUGUCUCCCCAAACAAUCGUCCUCGGAGGAUCCGUUGUGGAUAAAUCUCUCAAGAAUCCCAACGAGUAUCGCGUCAGAGGCCUCGCUCGUGAUGUCUCCAGACCGGCUGCCCUGGCUCUCUUCGCGAAAGAAGUCGACUUUCUGGGAAAGGUCUUUGCUGGGGCAAAUAUCAUCUUCGCCCUGACGGACUUUUGGGCCUCAAGGAUUCCCACGCUGGAGAACUUUGUAUGGAACGCUGUUCCCGAUCCGAUGGAGCUGUCUCGGGGAAUACUGUACCGUGUACACCACUGGAAGAGCAAGGCAGAUGUGACGGAGUACAUCAAGACGCAGAAACCCGAGCUGUGGAAAAGACGACAACGAUUCUUUCCCAACUACUUCGAGAACUGUCUGACUGAUCCUAGGCGGUAUUUGCCCCGUCAGAUCUCUGGAACUCUUGUGCGAGCCGACACGAUUCUGCCAAACGUCGCCAAUGCCGACACUGACAAGCUCAUUUCGGGCUGCCACUUUGGGAUUCCGUUCGUAUACAUGAAAACAACCGCAGAACAGUUUCAGAGAGGGUUGGAGGCAGCUGGCCUGACACCCGAGAUCUCUUUGGACUUGACGGAACAGCUUUUGAUGUACGAGUAUUUUGGGAGUGUGUAUGCGAGCCAUGAGUCUGUUCAAGCCAGAGAGCCUUGGGACGAGUUUGUUCGGGAGCACAAGGACGAGCUCAUGGCCAGGAUUGAGUCGGGAGAUGGGAGUUCUCGGUGGUGA